UCCUUCAGCAUUCUCCAUCCCGCUGAAUCCAUAAUCGCCAAUCGAUAUUCGCCUUCGAAUAGCAAUGCUACCAGUCUUUUCCAGGUUUCUCGACCUCCCACCCGGCCUUCGACGCCACAUUUAUGUGGACGCUGGGCUUGUUAUUAACAGCGGCCGAGAUCUUCUACUCAAUCCCAUGGAAAACGAGCAUGACGAUGAGCGACCCAACCUGUCGCCGUCUCUCGCCCUCAUGCGCAUAUGCCGUAUCGUACACACCGAGACAUCGCUCUUAUUUUACUCUACCAACCGCUUUGUUAUCCGAUACCGUCGCGCUGGCGACUUGGGAAAUCUACGCAUCCUUCAACCCAAGCUGCUACUCGCCCUUACCUGCCUCACGGUACAACUAAACGUGGCCAACGGUUCGCAGAAACGCCACGCGCCUCCCAAUUGUCCCUCGUCGGACGACAAAAUGCUACAAGCAGACUGUUCUUCUGCACAGAUCCUACUCUCGGAGUGGGAGACGACGGCCGAUUACCUUUCCCGCCACAUCAUGGCCGACGCUCUUGACUUCGGUCUGGUCUGCGACGUGGCUGAUGUUGAAACAGCACAGUAUAUUGUGGCACCACUAUAUCAAUUGCCCACUCUCGCGGGUUGCCAUAUUCGACUCGGCCCCAAGCCCAGCCACGAUGUUAGGCUCCAGCAAAUCGCCCGCGACGCAGGCUUACAAGCCGAGGGACGAAGAGUUACAAGUGAGUUUUCCGGCUUUUCACGCCUUCCCCCCGAGCUGCGCCUGCGCAUUCUCGAGUAUACGGACCUCGUGGCGCCCUUGAGCAAGGUGUCGUGGAUCUUCGGUCCAGGCCACGAUUUCGGCUACCAACUGCCCUACCGGAGAGGAUGCCUGAGCCGGUCUUGCGAACCUCCGUAUGAUGUGUGCCAUCCCAACGUUCACCAGGCAUGCCUCAUGAGCCAGUGCCGGCUAGGCCCCGACCACGAGUGUCCACACUAUGCCUCGGAUUGGGGAUGGGAGCCAGCAGGCCGCAAGUCCAGGUGCUGGACUUGUAGCCACUACGCAUGCCAGUUCCGGGCCUGCUGGAAGGGCAAGAAGCGCGGUACGCACAAGGGGCAAUUCUGCUUCUGUCAACGCCGCCACACCUCUUACACGCGCUUCUGUCACUGUUGGGCACCCCCGACGCAGCUGUUCCUUGUGAGUCAUGCGUUCCGGCGUGACGCCCGCCAAGUCUUUUUCGGGAAAAACCACUUUGAUAUCGGCUUUAGUGGCACCGACUCCAUGACUAGCCGGGGUCCUCGGCCAGCACGCUAUCCUGAAAGCCUGUUCCUGAAUGACGUUGUCUCUGCCAGCGCCUUGCAGUAUUUCCGCUCCCUAGAAUUCCGCUUCCUGCUCCAUGAUCGUCUUCCAACUCUCGGUCCGUCCCAAACAGCAGCCGAGUUCUGCUUCCCAUCCCAGGAUUGGUUGCCACUGGCAAGUUAUCAGUCCCAAGAAAACGCUGAAGCCGAGCAGGCAACGCAUCGAGAGUGGCAGCGGACUGUCGAGCGCAUCACGAGCAAUGAUGGGAAUGGGUUGGGUGCAGCCUUGUCGUCCCCGUCUCUUCUACUGCAUAUCAACGCCUGCUGGGUGGCAGGACUGGAUACCUGGGAGGACUACUGCUCUCGCCACGCAAUGCCGCUUGACAAGUGCGACUCGGCCAUCGACACACUCAAGACCCUCGUGGCUUCCUUCUGGCCUCCGCUGCUGCAGGCGAAGGGCCCGCCGCAGGUGAUUUUUGCCCUCAUCCAUUCUAAUUGGAUGCGUGCGGGCUACUUCAUCCGCCCGGGACAACCGCAGGAUGCACUCUCGAUCCACGAACCGCCUGAGUUCCGCUGCAUGCAGGCCGACUUGACCAUCGAGCGCACUGCCGAAGUGGAGAGUGGCGAAAGUAAGUGGGUCGAGGGAAUCUGGGCUACCUAUUGGAGUUUAUUGUAGUAAGGCUUUGAUAAUAGUUGCUUCGGCCCGGUCACGAAAGAAUAUCGAAUUGAAAAACUGCGAAAAAUUGUAUGUGAUUAUUAAAAUUGUCGCCUGUGCUGAGGCUUUAACUAAUCAAAGCCACUGUGUCGAGAGAAUGGAGAUCACGUCGACAUGUGGACUUCUGAUGUUGGGAUGGGGUUCGAGAGGUAAGGGUUAGAGCAAGGUGGUUAGAACGCUGCAUUUCCCUAUGAAAGUCACUGAUAUGAAAUCAAACUUUAACGAAAGUGCUAGAUUGAAAAUAUUAAAGAGAAGAAACUAGACAUAUUAAUAAAAUAAAAGGAAAAGGAA